CUAGUAUUGAUUGGAGGUAAAUGUAUUACUCAUUGCAACGACUUUUCUAUUUUCCAAGCAACGAUUUCAUCGGACGAGAUAUUUGUGCGCCCCGGCUAGCAUGACGAGCCAUCGCAUAUCUGAACUCGAUAUGGCUCUAAGCUAAACCUUUAAUUAUUCACCCACGUGCAGCUCAUGGAUUCUUAUUUGAUAGGAGGACCUGAAUCUAAAUAAGUUCGGGCGAUUUAGUCUUUACCACCUUCCUUGUCGUCCAAGCAUAUCUACAACAUGAACAUAUAUAGCCGAAUGCUUUGGGCCUGGCGAACAGGCCCUGAACUCCGCGCCGUCUCUCUCCCUCUACAUUUCUUUUCAAGUUCCUCGUGUCAGACUCUCAAGCGCCAUAAUCGCAGAAGCGCAGCCGCGUUCUCCACUGCACCCAAGUUACCAUCGACAUGGCGAUUUCCCUUCUGGACCUGCCGAUCUACAUGGAAGCGAGCAGGAAUCAACACCCUUCGCUGCCUUGUGGGCUGCACGAUCGGCGAUUUCUCCGCAUUGUGGGUGCUCCAAACCCACUAUCCUGAACUCGGGACCGGCGCUAUCAUGGUUGCGUCCAUGGUGUCUGGAAUUACUACUUCGAUCAUAAUUGAAACAAUUUUCCUCCGGCGCGGAGUUGAUCAACUCUCCUGGCCGAUGGCGGCUCGUACUGCGAUGGGGAUGAGCAUGGUAUCGAUGGUGGCAAUGGAGGCGGCAGAAAAUGUUGUUGACUAUCAUCUCACUGGCGGAAUGGUGGCCGUGGGAGAUCCGCAAUUCUGGCUGGCAGCAGUCUUGUCGAUGGCAGCUGGUUAUCUGACUCCUUUGCCAUAUAACUACCUACGCUUAAAAAUAUAUGGAAAAUCCUGUCACUAAAAUAUCCAUGCACAGGCGCAAAAAGGCAAUCUCAUUCGUCCGAGAUUGAGCUGGGAAUGAAACUUAUUAUUCAGUGUUUUUGUACGGAGGUAAGUUUGAGUGUAUCCAGACCCUGUCUAGGGCUGGGUUCCGUCUAGGGUCUCCGUCGGUCCGGUCUGGGUUGGUCUUUGGUCCGGGUGAUUCCUUCAUUCCACCACCAACCAGGAGAGCAGCUUUGGGCCGGUGUUUUUGACUUGGUUUAUUCAAAUUUGCAUCACUUAAAGCCUUUGGAUUAUUUUCGGUAGAAUCCCUCCUUUAUUAUACUCAACAUCAAAGGUGUUUUAAGUGCAUUGUUAAUAAGAUUUAAUAGUAGCGUAUCAAAAGGAUUUUGGGUUAAGUAAAAAGACCUAUAGAAG